GCGGAACAAGAGGUUGACGGGCUUUUUGUUACGGAAGCCGGGAGGAGACGAGAAGGUCGGGGGUGUUUUUGGCAGCGGUCGUGUUUCUUCGGCCAACGCUAUGGCGGCUGGCAUCACACUGGAGACCAACCUGGAGACCAAAGCACAACUGAGGUGUUGGGGAAGACAUUAAAGAAACCGGAUAUACUCGUUGAUUUUUCGAAAUAGUGUUUGUGUAGAAUUUCCGGGUUCGCUUGUAAACGCGCGCGUGCGCUCAUUAGUUCUUUUUUUUACGGGCGGGGGGCAGGUCCAGGCAUAUUUACCCCCCUCAGCGUUCUCAAUGGAGCAAGUUUGUUUUUUGUGUCAAACGCUCGUGAAAAGCAAGACCGUUUUUCUCCUGUCACCCUCCACGUUACGGCUGGUGGUGUAGCUGUCGGCGCGUGGCCCUGCGUUGUUUGGAGGUGGGAGGGAGGAAUUUCCACAAUGAAGCCCGUGCCGGAGUACCGGGUCUUUGUGCUUUGAGUCGGACAGACCGUGUUAUUAUUGUCAACAACCGACCCCAAAAUGGUGAAUGUUGAGAUGUUGAGCUCCUUUUCGACUUGAGUUAAACGAUGCGCGAAUACAAAGUGGUGGUCUUGGGCAGCGGCGGGGUCGGAAAGUCCGCCCUCACGGUCCAAUUCGUCACCGGGACGUUCAUUGAGAAGUACGACCCCACCAUAGAGGACUUCUACCGCAAGGAGAUCGAGGUGGACUCCUCGCCAUCGGUCCUAGAGAUCCUGGACACCGCCGGUACCGAACAGUUCGCCUCCAUGCGAGACCUGUACAUCAAGAACGGACAGGGCUUCAUCCUGGUUUAUAGCCUGGUCAACCAGCAGAGCUUCCAGGACAUCAAGCCCAUGAGAGACCAAAUCAUAAGAGUCAAAAGGUAUGAAAAGGUCCCCGUGAUCCUGGUGGGCAACAAGGUGGACCUGGAGAGCGAGCGGGAGGUGUCGUCCAGCGAAGGCCAGGCGCUAGCUGAGGAGUGGGGCUGCCCCUUCAUGGAGACGUCGGCCAAAAGCAAAACCAUGGUGGACGAACUGUUCGCCGAGAUAGUGCGGCAGAUGGACUACGCCGCCCAGCCCGACAAGGACGACCCCUGCUGCUCGUCCUGCAAUAUACAAUAGCCAUCCAGGGUUGGGUUGGGGGGUAGGGCUGGGGGGGGGGGGGGGGGCAGCAGGAUUGGAGUUUAGGGUGGCCCCACACAGACACACACUUGGCACGCUCACACACACACAUAAGUGCACACGGCAGUUAAAAGAUUGAUCACGAUGGAUCUUUAAUAUCAGCGGUUACAUUAUUCAUGACGUGGCAGGAUCUUGGGUAUUUAAAAAAAACAGGAAAAAAAACAUACCCUCGCCUUAUGUUGCCCUCCACCUUUUUAGUCUUCAUCAGCAAAGAAUUACACCGCGGGACCUUCUUUUUUUGGGAAAAGAUAACGUUCCUAGCAUUAACUUUCGUGAUGCAUUUACUGUGACAGCAAAACGACACUAACUGAUUUCUAGGAUCGCUUUGCUUCAAAUUGGAACAAAGGUUUGGAUUUGUGUACAUUUUGUGCAGUGCUUUCUGGGAGGGGUUUUUUUGUACUCAUUGCUGGGCUGAACCAAAGAGGUGACCUGAAAGCAUUUUAUCAAAUUUUUUCCCUAAAAUUGUAAAUGGAGGGAAAAAUUGGUACAGACAUCUUUUUUUUUAAUUGUUGCUGUUGUUUUUAGUUUUAACAGUAAAGAUAAAGAGCAUCAUCUUCUACUUUUUUUUAAUAGUAAGUAAGUAGUAGUCUAAAAAUUAAGUUCGAAUGAACAUUGGAUUGUCAGUAUUUGAGUUUCCUAACUCGGGAUAAUUGAUUAGUUGAUCAUUCAGAAUUAUUUGUCUGUAAAGCAGUCAAGGCAAAAUAGAGUGCACUAGUUUGCUGCCAUGAAAGGAGCAAGAUGGCCUACCAUGCAGAUCUCUUUUGGCUAGGUUCUGAACAUCCAUCAUCCAUCGCUGUAUUUAUUUUUUACUUGGUUGUGGAUAGAAACGGAGGUUCGCAAGGUUUAUUGGUGUUAGUUUUCAUUAAGUCAUUGCAAAAGCAGGAGUUUAGAACAUUCUGCGCCAGUUUCAGGUUAUUGGCCAUGGGAAACAAAGGUUCGGAACAAUCGAUGCUUCUUUUUUUCCAUUUAUUGGUUGUGAAAACAGGAGUUCAGAACAUCCAGUGAUUAUUUCUGUCAAUUUAUGGAUGUUAGCUUUGAACAUUCAGUGUUAUUUUUCCUCAUCAAAUGAGUGAUGGAAAUGGGAGUUCAGAACAUUCCGUGCUGUUUUUUUUUAAUCAUUUAGCUGUGAUAACAACAGUUAAGAACAGUCAGGUAUAUAAAGAUGAAUUAAACGUGGAAGAAAAAGCUUGUGUCAUUUUGUCUCACUGAAUUGGGGUCCAGAACCUUCUGGGCUAUUUUUUUAAUUAGUUGAUCUCGGAAAAACAGAAGUCCAGAACAGUCAGUACCAUUUUUUUCUGAUUAAUUGGAAAUGUGGAAAUUAGUUCAUAACUUUAUGUGAUUUUAUUUUUUUUUUCACCAAUGAAUCGCUCAUAGAAACGGGAGUUUAGGACAUUUGACCCAACUUUUUGAGGGGACAACUUCAACACAGCAAAGUCAACACUUGCAAUCAUGCCUUACUUUUCUUCCUCGUCCACUGGUGACGUGCUCAGAGUAUCCAUCGUAAAGCGGAUGAUGCUCAUACUAAUUUAAAUGGUGAUGUACAUAUUUUGUAUGGGAAGUGCCAGCAGAACACGUGUCAUUAUAAAGCGGAAACAUGGAAAAACUACCGUUGUUUUUGAGAAGAAUAUAAGGACAAACAAAUGCAGGUGUGAAACGUGGACGCUGUCACAGCUGUGCAUUUUUUUUCCAAUUUUAAUCUAAACCAGGAAGCUUUUUUUUGUUGGAUUCCCUCCUUGUGUAACCAUGUUGAUUUUACAAUUUAGGUUUUUUUUUAAUGUGAUUCUUGAACCCUCCUGAUUAUGUUGACAUUUGUCACCUGCGUAAUAAAAGUGUUCAACAAUUGGA